GACAUUGCAGUUGAUUGCUCUGGCUACAUCUGAAGUCCUCAUGCGUCCCUGCAGCAGGCUGGGCCGGAUUAUCCAAUGGGCAUUAUGGGCACGGACCCAGGGGCCUAUGCGCACUUGGGGCCCAAGCAAUUAGAGAUGUCAUCCUACUUGCGCAACAAGGACCUGUCACCUCGCACCAGGAAAUCUGUUUUGGAGUUGCCAUCCUCAUCCCCAUCCUCUGGCAGCAAAAGCUUCAGACAUGACAGAUUAUCUAGGGGUGAUGCCAGUGAAGUGGAAAGCACUUCGGAAACACUCAGUCAUACCAGUUCCACACAUAGAGAACUGGAUUCUCUAAACAAGACAAGUGACUAUGCCAGCAAGGACUACAAGAAGCUGUAUGAGGAGGCACUGGCAGAGAACGAGAAACUCAGGGCUUGUCUGGUGGAUAGCAAGCAGAAUCUGGCCAAAUUCCGCUUGCAACUGGACAAAGUCACACAGAAGCAGGACAGAAUAUCUGAGAGGUCCAGUGUAUCAGAAAAAAUGGAAAAGCAGGUAUUGGAGAAGAGGGUGUCUGACAUGGAAGAAGAGAUUAAGAGGAUGUGAAGAGGAUGGUUCAAGUGGACAAAAAAAGUGGCCAAGGAUCACAGCUGGAGAAUUACAGAAAUUCAUUGCGUCUUGGGGUCAGGAAGUCUCGAAAACUACAAUCCGAAGUCACCUACAUCACAUGUUUCAAGAAAAAAAGCCUCUACUCUCAUCCAAAAACAAGUUCAAUUCAGUUUUCCAGACACUACUGGAUCUUCAAACUGGCUCAGGGAAAGCAGAUACAGGAAAUGUAUUAGGAGGUAGGACAUUAUUGUUUUCAAUCAGAUAUUAGGUCCACCCAUGGGUGGUGUCCCUUUGUCCACAAUGAAGAAUGUAGCAGGAGCUGUGUGGUCAUUUAGGGAAACAUUUGCAGACAGACACCCAAAAACAGGAAUUGGAGCGUUUGAACACAUUACAAACCUGGCUGUGGGUUACGUCAGUGCAAUGUUAUUGAAAUGGUGUGCAUAAGUGCUGUGAGGCAGGAUAGAAACAGAAGACCCAGUGUCAACAACCAAAUCCACCACACAAGUCUGAGUCAGAAGUAGAUAGUCACUGUGCUUGUAAUGCUAGGAGUACGGGCUGAAUACAUAUACUCUCCUGUGUUAGGCAAUGAGUAGAAUAUCCUUUGUCCCUCUGUUCUGAGGCAGUGAAGCAGCACAGCUCUCCAUCUUUCAUCUGGCCAGGCAUCCCCGGUAGUAUCGACGAAUUGUAGGUAAUUUUCAAAGAGCCACAUCCAUAUGGCGAACCGCACAACAGGCUCACCAGGGCAAGGCAGAAAAAACUCGGAAAAGGCAUGUUAGCAGCAGCCAUCUCCGCGAUCAGCAAUAGUAAGAAAAAAAUCCACAAUCCUCGCCGCCAAUUUGUUGCGUGUAUCGGAGGUUAUUAAACAGCAAGGAAGAUUAGACAUUAAUAACAAACAUUACCGACUUGUUUAAUGGAACAACAACAACAGCAGCUUCCACUGCAUCAUUACAUCACUUCCAACAUGAGCCCGAACAGUCCUAACUCCCUUUCAUAAUAGUAGUAAGUAAUAAAAUAUCACUUGUGAACACAACACUUUUGUAAACUAUAAUUGCCCCAAACACAUAAAUAAGCAUCACACAGCAUGUUAAUUUCCCUGAAACCCAAAAAUAAAUAUCCCUUUAAUUGCCCCAAGUCCCAAAUAUAAAUGCCCUCCUAGCUGCUAAUUUCCCCAACCCCCAAAUAGGAAACCCCAAUGGCUGCUAAAUGCCCCUACAGCUAUAAAUGCUAUACCACACUGCUAAAUAAUAUUGCCCUAAAUGAAAAUAUAAACAACAUCCUGACUGCUAAUUGCCGCAAAUCCCAAAAAUAAAUAUCUGCCUGUGAAUUGCCCCAACACCAAAAAUGUAAAUACCCCUUUGACCUCUAAUUGCCAGUAACCCAAAUAAUAACUUCCUGUCUGCUAAUUUUCCCCAAACGAAAAAAUAAAUACACCAGUGGCCUCUAAUUGCCCUAAACCCAAAAAUCUGUGAACCCAUGAACUAGGGUCUAGGAUCUAGUCUCUGAUUUUCCUCUUCUUCUUCUUCUUCUUCUUCUGCUUCCUCUUAUUAUUUUUAUUAUUCCACCUGAUUUUCUGUACGUAUCUCCUC